AUUUACUCUACAUAGCCCAUAGCCCCCCAAUAUGCAGGUCGAAGGUGUCGCGCUGGUCUUUGGUGCUGGAAAUGGCAUUGGGCGCGCAGUCGCCCACACGCUGGUCGCGCAGGGCCUCACCACUCUCGUCUGCGCCGACAUCGAUCUCGCUCACGCCCAAGAAACCGCCGAGUCCAGCUACGAGGUCUUCGCGGAGCGACGACCAGCCUACGAGGCGACCGCUUACCAGGUGGACGUGCGCGAUGAGGCGCAAGUGCAAGAGGUGGUCGCCAAGACGAAGGACCGGUAUGGCCGCAUCGAUAUCUGCGUAACGACUGCCGGGACCCCCGCUGCCAACCAGACCGCGAUUAGCGACAUGAGCCUAGAAGCGUAUCGAAGCAUGGACGAGGUGCACAAUAUCGGGUGCUUCCUGGUCGUCCGCGAGGUGAUCCGGGCCAUGGCCAGCCAGAAACCGAUCGAGUCGAUUACCGCCGGAAGGCGAAGAAAGCCAGCCCGGGGCUCCAUCGUGAUCUUAACCUCGCUGGCCUCGGAGGGGGCGUUCUUGGGAGUCGGCAAUUACAUUGCCGCCAAACACGCGGUGAAAGGGUUGGUUCAGACAGCUGCCCUUGAGAACGCGGGCAACGGGAUCCGACUCAAUGCCGUGGCGCCCUCGUACGUGUCCGGACCGAUGAUGGAGCAGUUUCUGGACCAGGCGCCGGCCGUCAAGGCGGCGAUGCUGGGGGACCUGCCCAUGCGACGGCUGGCGGACCCGGAGGAGGUGGCGGAUGCGGUGGUGUUUCUGGCGUCGCCGGCGGCUAGCUAUAUCAAUGGCCAUACUUUGGUGGUGGAUGGGGGGUCGUCGUUGCAGUUGUCGAACCAACCGUUUUCGUGAUUGCUACAGCUUUGGAAAUUUCGAGUUCAAGAGCUGUCGGGUCUUCUUAACUCCUUCCGUGGCCGCCCCCCGGGUUAAGUACGGCCGCAGGUUAGGCACCUCGUGACUCGAUGUUGCAGAUGGGUUAGAACCUUUGCCGUUUGCGCUUUAUCAGCAACCAGCUACCAACCAGCCUUGGCCAAGAUGUAUGCAUGCCCCUACAAAUGGUCUGCGGUACGACAAAUGCAAAUCUUGACUCCGGGCGCUUGGCCGGUCUUGACGACUGUGACAUCAGCCUCUUGCUGUUCGUAUCAUUCAAGAUGAUGGCUUUCCAUCUAAAAAGCUCUCGUCGAUGGUGCCAGAACACAUUCGUUCAGAGCAUGUGGAGUGCCUGUGUAGGGAUGGUUGCCUAGGAUAGAAAGUCCGGAUGUCAAGGCAAUGUAAUAGCUAUGACUGACUAUAU